AUGGCAACUGCUGCAGCAUCAAGUUUAAAUUUUAGAAUUUUUCACUGUACUUCUUAGGAUCCACAGUACCCAAUCAAUGAAUUGCUUUCAAUGAAUCGGGACUAGUCACUUCUCAAGGGUUGGCAGAGUCAGCGUUUCUGUGUCUAUCCCUAAGAAAUUGUCAUCUAGUUUCCAUGCUUGGUCCAUCUCAAGCAGAUUCAGUUCUUGAUUCACCAGAACAAGAUACCUUCCUUAAUUGAACUGCUAUCUUAUGCCCCUGACUUUGCUUCUGGUGCUGGUUCACUCGUAUCACUUUAGAAUCCAAAUGUGAGCUUCCAAAGAAUAGGGCACUUCUCCCUGGAUGAUAACAUUCGCACAAAUUACUAAGCCAGAGAGUUGAAGACAGUGUACUUAGAGCAGUACUGCCAGUAUUUGAAGAUAGUUCUUAAUAAGAAUCAUCUGAAUCAAUUCAACAUCUUUAAUCAGGUGGGUAUUGUUAGUAUCAACUGUGUUGGAUCCCUAAUGGGUGAGUACGAGAUGGGAAUGAUCUCAAACACUUCUGGGUCAGCACAGCAGUAUGCGUAUAAAGGCGAUUUUCACACUGAUCCUAAUUUAAUACCUAGAAACAUGAAAAUGACAAGUGUAAAUGAUGAGAACUUGGACCCAACUAUCUAGGACAAACUGAGAGCUUUGAAUUCAGCUAAGGUAAAGGCAGUUGAAUAGGAUGAUUUUGAUAAGGCCAAGAAUCUCAAAGAUGUCAUAGACAAAUUGAGAGUGGCUGGGCAGCAAUUGAUAAAAUUAGAACAAUAAAAGCGAUUAGCAAUAGAAAGUGAUGACUUUGACUCAGCAAAGAUACUCAAAUACGAGAUCGACAGACUCAGGUCUAUGGCGAUGACGCUUGAUACAGAUAGAGUAAUACUAACACCAAUCAGACAAACUAGAGGUGGACCUCGAUUAUAAGGCAGGCCAGAUGAUGGUGAAAACUUUGAAGAUUUAAGAUCAUAGAGAUAAGAUAAUAAUAUGCCUAGUGGAAAUUACAUAGAUGAUGAUAUGAGAAGUUUACAUCCACUUGAUACUUAGCCAAACGAAGAAUUCAAGGACGACAGACCAAUACAAGGAAAUAAGCAAUAUAAAGGUCAGAAUAACUAUGUAGAUGACAAUUACACUGAGAAGUCGUUAAAGUUAAAUGCAGCAGGUCUAGGCGGAUCAAUUAAUAUGAGAGGAAAUGAGGAACUUAUAGUCCCUGCUCAUAAUCUUAAGAAGCCUAUUGACUUUAACACAGUUAAUGACGAGGACUUUGAUGGUGGAGCACCUGGAGUCGGUGCUACUGGUGGAGCAGGUCCAAUCAAUCCAGACGAAGAGGACUUGAAGAUUCAAAAUAUUGCUCCGAAUCAAAGGCCUAUUGCUGAUGGCAUACUACCUUACUUAGGAGAACCUGCCACACUAUUGUUAUUUGCUAAAUCCUGGUAAAACAGAGAGAAGGGUAUCACGCAGUUAAUAGGAAAACUUAAUGAAAUUCUCUCAAAGGAAGUAGAAGUCACGAACACUGCAGUAUUAUAAGUUGUUACUGAAUGUCUCAAAGACAAAGUCUAGUAAAUUACUUAGAAAUCUUUUGCGCUUGUAGAGGCCUACUCUGGGGUUCUCUCCAAGAAUAAGUCAAUCAACCCAAAGCAGGAAAUCUCCAAUACAGAGAAAAUGCUUGCCUAGCUAUUAGAUAAACUAGCAGAUAACAAGUUUAAGCAGAAGGCAGAGUCCUGCUAUCUCAACUUUUUCUAAGUAGAACAACUAGAGGGCAACUUCUUAAUUGGGUUUUUACUCAAAGCUAACUCCUUCUUGAAUAAAAAAUUGGCAACGUCUUUCAAGCAUCAGAUUCCUCGACUUCAAAUACUUUUGUCAAUAAUUGAAGACUUCUAAAAGUAUGAAUCAUAAAAGAAAACUACUGCCUAGACUUUCCCUUUCAAUGCUCUAUUCUAGAAAUGUAAGGAAGGAAUCGAAGCCAGUAAUCAAGAAUAGAGAAAAGUAAGCAGUGCCAUCAUUGUAUCAGUAUAUAAAAAGUUUGGCUUUAAAAAGGUAGAAGGAGUUAUCAGUGACUUAUCUAUAAAGAGUUUGGAUCUCUUAAAUAAAGAUAUACCUGAGGUUGAGACCUAUAUAAAAUUGAAAAAGUAAUAGGUUAAGAAGGAUUGA